AUGGCUGGGAAGGUUGAUGGUAGAUUGUGUGAUUACGGUUCUUCGAUGGAUGAAUCUGGAGAUGAAUCUAAGUCGGGGGGUGUCCUUGAAUCGGUUAAUGACAAGACAGAAACUCCAAAAUAUUCAUUCUCCCAUGAAUCUGAUGAUCAUAAGUCUGUAAAAGAAGGUACGCCUCGAGUUGGUUCCAAAAUCCCUCGUCAGUAUCGCAAAGCUUCACGAAGUUCUUCACGAGAGGGCUCUUCAUUAAAGCGUUCAAAGCACGGGAAUAGUCGUCGUCGUCGAAGCCGGAGUAAAAGUUACAGUCGUAGCCACAGAUCUCACCGUCAUCGCCGUGACUGUCGGCAUCGUCAUAGAAGACGUCGCAGUCGUGAUGAGUCAUCCCACCGAAGGCGACGAAGGCCCAGGUCAUCAUCAUCUGCUUCUCGUUCCUCAGCUUCUCGCAGUAGAUCUCGUGAUCGGCGGUCUUCACGUUGUGAAAGAGAUCGAGAUGGAGCGCUCUCGAGGAAAAUUGUCGGAUCACGCGGCGAACUCGCUAGAGCAAGGGAAUCCGUAAAGCCCGUGGACCCAAUCGCUGCGAGACUAGAAGCUGCUAACAAGGCGUCAGCCAUCAUGGCAUCUGCUUUCAAACCUGGUGAGCUUUUGUCUUUUUGCUGUUGA